AUGUUUCGUUAUACCGCCGCUCAUGCCACCACCAAAGGCCCAGGCGACGCUCGCCCAACAGCUCUCCAGAUCAUCAAAGACGAAGGUGUCGAGGAAAAACGCCAGGGCCAAGUCUUCGUCAUUACUGGCACCUCCUCUGGAAUCGGUAUCGAAACCGUCCGCGCCAUCGCCGCUACUGGGGCGACUAUAUACCUCACAGCCCGAGACCUCGACAAGGCCAAGACUGCGCUUGAUGGCAUCUUUGACUCUUCCCGUAUGGAACUGUUCCAGAUGGAUCAGGGGUCUCUUGAGUCUGUCCGCGCUGCCGCUGCUGCUAUUUUGAACAAGGCCCCAAAAAUCCACUGCCUUAUUGCCAACGCUGGUAUAAUGGCUAUUCCUGACCUUCGCUUUACGGCUGAUGGCCAUGAACUCCAGUUCGGCACCAAUCAUCUGUCUCACUUCCUCUUCUUCCAGCUUCUCAAGCCUGCUCUUCUUGCUGCUGCCUCGCCUGACCUCCCCUCCCGUGUUGUGGUUCUUUCGUCUUCCGGCCAUAACAUCCAUGGUAUCAACGACUCUGAUAACUACGCCUUUGAGCACGGAGACUACGACCCCAACGUCGCUUACGCCCAGUCCAAGACAGCAAAUAUCUACAUGGCCAAUGAGAUUGAGCGCCGCUAUGGCGCACAAUACCUACACGCCACUAGUGUCCACCCAGGUAUCAUUUCUACAGGCCUUACGAGACACAUGCCCCCCGACGCCUUCAAGGGUAUGGAGCAUAUCUAUCCUGUGAUGAAGAGUGUUGAACAAGGAGCUGCAACUACGGUCUGGGCAGCUGUUGGUGAAGCUUGGAAGCAUGAUGGUGGCAAGUACCUUGUCGACUGCGAUGUUGCUAAGCCGGCGGUUGAUGGGGACGACAAGAUGAUUGGGCCUGGUUAUGCCCCGCACGCUUAUGAUGUUGAGAAGGCGAAACGACUGUGGAAGGACUCGAACAAGCUGGUAGGAUUGCAGGAUGAGGAGUAG